CUGACCCAGAAUGGAGAGCUUCCAGUGCAGCGUCCAGCUGAGCGGCCAGGACCGGGCUGAGUUUUCAGCCGCUGACGCAAAGUGUGCCCUCCUACGGGCCAGCCUGGCCUCUGGGCAUGAGCUCUUGUCCAGUAACACUGACCAAAGGGACAGCAGUGGCAGCAGCCCCCCAGGGCCCCUGCCCCUUCCUGAGGGGCAGCUGGCUCCCAGGGGGAGUGACUGGCCUGGCUCUGAGGGGGAGAAGGUAGCCGCCCGGCAGCUGGUCAGCAGGUCUUGGUGUGAGCCCGUGCUGGCCCCAGAGGCCGGUCAGCAGACGCCCAGCGUGUCCGUGCGGCCAGAAGCUCAGCCGUCCCUCAGCCCUGGUGCUGCCCCUCUGGUCCAGGGCUCAUCCCUCCCGGGGCCAGUGUCUUCCAGAGGCGAGAGGCAGAGGCUUCUGCAGGGCCCAGCCCCCCGGGGUCUUGCCCCUACUCUCACGGGUGAGCCCGCUCGGAGCCCCGAUUCCACCGGCUGCAGCGCUGCCCCCCAGAGGCCCCCUGGCAGCCCUGGAGCCCUGCUGCGCAGCCCCAGCCAAAAGAAGAGGCGGGCUGCAGGCACCAAGGCGGGUGGGCGCUUGGGUGACCCAGGCCCUGCUCCCACCCAGCUGGGCUCCCUACUGCUCACUGAGGCUGGGGCCGAGGACGGCCUUGGCCUGGCUGGGUCCAGGGGGAAGGGUCUCCGGGUGGGGACCACAGGGCAGACAGCAGGAGCUGGGCAGAUCGAGCUGGGGCCAGAGUCUCCAGAAGCCCCUGAGCAGGUGGCCAGGCGAGGGCCAGGUGUGGAUCUGUCUACAUCUGUCCCUACCACUGAGCAGGGUACAGACCUAAUCGGAAUGACCCUCAGAACUGAGCCACGCACUAUAUCCACGCUUGACCUGGAGGCUUCUGCAGAUGUCACAAUGGCUAAGUCAGACGUGGCUUUGUCCACACCCACCUCCGAGCCUCAACCCGAUGAGCCUCUGCCUACACCUGCCUCCAAGCCUAGACUGGAUGUGGACCUGCUUGUGCCAGGUCCAGGGGUCCAGCUGGAGGUGGGUUCAUCUACGCCUGUCUCAAAGGCUAUUCGCCGUACAGCUCUGCCUCACCUGGUUUCUGAGGCUGGGUCUGAUGUGGGUGUGUCUACACCUGCUCCCAUCCCCGAGGCUGGGCCUGACGUGGCGGAGCUGGAGGUUGCCCCAGUGGCCAAGCUGGGUUUGAGCCCUAUUCGGUCUCCAGAGGGGGGCCGACAGAAGCCCAGAGGGGAGCCCUCAGCAGGUGCCCCUGGACACCGCACUGGGGAGCCCCCGCUAGGCCCUAUCCAAGCCCCCAAGAAGAAGAAAGUGCGAUUCUCCAUGGCUGUGCCCAGCCCCGAGGAGCCAGGGUCAGGAGAGGCCUUGAGCCCAGCCUUCCCAGCCACAGCCCCCAGGACAGCAGCUGGGGGCCGCAGGGCAUCUGGAGCCUGGGACACCGUGGCAGUUGGGCCCUGGACCCCCCAGCCUCGGAUCCUGAAGCACCUGCCUCCCCCUGCCCCCUCUGCCUCAGCGGGGCCUGGGCGCAGCUGCUCCUUUGCGGUGACCCUCCCAGAAGCCUAUGAGUUCUUCCUUUGUGACACCAUCGAGGAAGAGGAUGAAGACGUUGAGGAGGAAGCAGAGGCUAGCCAGGCUCUGGCCGAAGUCCAGUGGCCAGGUGUGUGCGAGUUCUUCUUCCAAGAUGGCCAAACCCAGAGGUCGAGGCCCCGGGAAGGCCCCUCCCAGGCCCCACCCCUCCAGGCUGAGCCUGUGCCGGCCCCUCCACCAGGAGAUCCCACACCCAUCUCCAUCCCCGAGGCCUACGAACACUUCCUCGGGGAGGACGCGUCAGGGGGCAUGCUGGGGCCGGCUGCGCUUUUCCAGAUGCAGGCCACGGAGACCCCCAGGUCAGUCCCCUGGGACGUGGGGACCGGCACCCCCCCAGGGCCCAGCCCAGCCUCAGCGGAGCAGCUUGCCCCGGCCAUCAGGCAAGCAGGGGAACCCCGGGGUCCCCUCACCUCGUUUACCUUCAGCCAGAAUGACAUGUGCCUGGUGUUUGUAGCCUUCGCUACCUGGGCUGUGAGAACAUCAGACCUGCAUGCCCCAGAUGCCUGGAAAACAGGUUUGUGGGCCCGGGGGGCGGGGUGCUGGUGUCUAGAAGCCAAAUGGAGGGGCAGUGGUGAUGUCCCAGCUUCUGGGCCAGCAGGGGUGAGGGGCACAUGGGGAGGCGCAGGUGUCUCCCCUGACGGGUCUCCUGCGUUGCUCACCCACCCUCACCCCGCUGGCCUCCUCCCAUCCUUUGAGAACCCCGCCGUGUGGAUGGAGGGUGGGGACCGGGCCGGAAUGGAGCCGGCACUCAGGAGGUCUUGUACUUCUCUUGCAGUUCUGCUGGCCAACAUCGGCACCAUCUCCGCCAUCCGGUACUUCCGCCGGCAGGUGGGGCGGGGGCGCCGCAGCCCCAGCUCCUAAGACCCAGGCUCUGCCCAGGAAGACGCAGGAUGAGGAAAUGUCCACAGGUGCUCAGGAUGAGGUGUUGCCCUCAGGCCUUGCCCUUUGACCCUUGCGUUCUGCGGCGUCUAGGAAGGAGCCUGCGUCCUUGGUCCUGGCUCCCUUGGACUCCACCCGAGGGUCCAGCCAGUGGCCGAGGCCGAGGCUGUGUUCCACACUUGGGAGUGGGAGAUUCUGGAAGGCUGGGAGGGUAGGCCAAGCAGG